GCCGCCCCGCCCCUCCACGCCGUAGAGCCGUCAACUUGCGGACCGCACGCAACAGGCCGUGAGUGGUGAGUGUGGUGGUCCUGGUUGUGCCGUGCGGUGCAGCGCCUGGGACUCGGGUCGGACUGAGAGGUGAAGCUCCGGAGGGCCCGGACCUUACUGGUUUGCAUUCCCUCCCUACUUGUGAACAAUGCCAAAGAAAGUGAAGCCAACGGGGAAUGAGAGCGAAGAAGAGUCUGUUCCUUGCAAGCAGAUGAAGGAGGAUCUGCCUGAUAGCUUUUCUGUGUUAAACUUUGACAGCCCCAGUAGUUUCUUUGAAAGUUUAAUCUCACCCAUCAAAGUAGAGACUUUUUUCAAGGAAUUCUGGGAACAAAAGCCCCUUCUUAUUCAGAGGGACGACCCUUCACUGGCCAAAUAUUACCAGUCUCUGUUCAGUCUCUCAGAUCUGAAGAGACUCUGCCGACAAGGGCUAUACUAUGGAAGAGACGUGAAUGUCUGCCGGUGCAUCAGUGGGAAGAAGAAGGUUUUAAAUAAGGAUGGCAAAGCGCAGUUUCUUCAGCUGAGAAAAGAUUUUGAUCAGAAGAGGGCAACAAUUCAGUUUCACCAACCACAGAGAUUUAAGGAUGAGCUCUGGAGGAUCCAGGAAAAGCUGGAAUGUUACUUUGGGUCCUUAGUAGGCUCAAAUGUAUACAUGACUCCCGCAGGAUCUCAGGGCCUCCCUCCACAUUACGAUGAUGUUGAGGUUUUUAUCCUGCAGCUGGAGGGAACGAAACACUGGCGCCUGUACUCCCCAACUGUGCCCCUGGCACACGCGUACAGUGUGGAGCCCGAGGACCGGAUCGGCACACCAACACAUGACUUCCUGCUGAAGCCUGGUGAUUUGUUGUACUUCCCCAGAGGGACGAUUCAUCAGGCAGAAACUCCUUCAGGCCUGGCCCACUCUAUUCACCUGACUAUUAGCACCUACCAGAACAAUUCAUGGGGAGAUUGCCUUUUGGAUUCCAUUUCGGGGCUUGUUUUUGACAUUGCGAAGGACGAUGUGGCCUUAAGGAGUGGAAUGCCCCGGCGGAUGCUCAUGAAUGUGGAAACCCCAGCUGAUGUAAAAAGGAAGUUAAGUGGCUUUCUGAGGACUCUUGCAGACCAGCUUGAGGGCAGAAAAGAACUGCUAUCAUCAGAAAUGAAGAAGGACUUCAUCAUGCACAGACUCCCUCCUUUCUAUGGGGGAAAUGGAACAGAGACGAUGGACCCAGGUGAAAAGUUGCCAAGGUUGGACAACAUUAUAAGACUGCAGUUCAAAGAUCAUAUUGUCCUCACAGUAGGGCCAGAUCAGAAUCAAUCUGAUGAAGCUCAACAAAAGAUGGUUUAUAUCUAUCAUUCUCUAAAGAAUGUGAGAGAGAUGCACAUGAUGGGAAAAGAGGUAGAGUCAGAGAUUUAUGGACUUCGCUUUCCGUUAUCACAUGUGGAUGCUCUGAAGCAAAUCUGGUGUGGGUCACCAAUUUGUGUUAAGGACCUGAAACUUCACACAGAUGAAGAAAAGGAGAACCUGGCACUGUCUCUCUGGACGGAGUCUUUAAUCCAAGUACUCUAGUGCCUUUAUGCAGAGAAUUGUUAUUUUCCCUGCACAUAAUUUCAGUGGGGUGUGGGGAGGACUUGGUCUUCUGGUUAGUACUCUGGGUGGAGGUGUGGUUACUUAAAAGAGCAGGGAGAAGCUGCUGCUUUAUGGACAUGAGAGGGACAACGGGAAAUUAUUAGGCAUCCCAGAUUCUGAUAAAACAAUACUUUGGACAAGUUUAUUUAAUCCAGUGUUGUAGAAAAGGCACAACUCCAGUAUAUAUGUCAUAUAGAAUUAUGUCAUUAACCUGGCUUGUCUUGGUUCUUUGGAAGAAAUAAGUCCUUUAAAGAGCAUCCUUGGUUCUAAAAAUACUUUUUAACAAUUAAAACUUAGGAAUAAAGUUGGGUUUUUUUUUUUACAAUGAAAAUAUACAUAUCUUUGAGCAUACAUGACCCCUUUCCCCAUUAAAAUAAACAUGUUUCAUGUACUACUACCACACCCAUAAGAGGUACCCAGCAUUUGUGCUGAGCUCUCAGAUGCUGCUUGGAAGAUGAUGAUAAGAGAUUAAAGAAGAAAAAAAAAAAAAAACACCAGAGGCCAGUAUAUA